AUGGCAAAAGUUUUUGACAUAGUGAUUUUUGGAGCAUCCGGUUUCACAGGCAAAUAUGUAGUAAAAGAAGCACUUAAGUUUCUAAAUCCAAACUCACCUCUCAAAUCCUUGGCUCUAGCCGGCCGCGACUCUUGUAAACUCUACGAAACGCUGAAAUGGGCUUCUUCGACGUCUAAACCCAACCUCCCAUUACUUGUAGCUGACACCAGUGACCCGUUUUCACUUCGUCGUAUGGCGUCACAAGCUAAGCUUGUACUCAACUGUGUUGGACCAUAUAGGCUUCACGGUGACCCUGUCGUUGCAGCCUGCGUUGAAACGGGCUGCGAUUACUUGGAUAUAUGUGGUGAACCGGAAUUCAUGGAGAGGAUGGAAGCUGUGUACCAUGAGAAAGCGAUUGAGACGGGUAGUUUGGUGGUUUCUGCUUGUGGGUUUGACUCAAUUCCAGCUGAAUUUGGGUUGAUGUUUAAUACCAUGCAAUGGGCUUCCCCUGCUGCCCCAAAUCGAGUUGAAGCGUAUGUAAGUCUUGAGUCGGAUAAAAAUAUUGUGGGCAAUUUUGCUACUUAUAAGUCUGCAGUUUUGGGAGUGGCUAAUGUUGAUAAGUUGGCUAUGUUGCGACGGUCUACCAGACGCAGAAGAGCGCGCCCUUUGAUUCCAGGUAAUGCGCCUCUUCCAACAGGAUUCGACAUUGAACAUCAGAAAAAGAUAGGCCUUUGGGCAGUGAAACUUCCAUCUGCUGAUCCCUCUAUUAUCCGAAGAACACUAUCGAUAUUUACAGAGAAUCCAAGUGGUCUUCAAGGUGUCAAUGAGGAUCCUAAACAGGCAACCAAACGAGCUGUCUAUUGGUCAAAAAUUAAACCUGCUCAUUUUGGAGUCAAGAUUGCCACUAAACAUUACUUGGGUAUUUUCCGAAUGAUAACUAUUGGGCGAAUAAUAGGGCAACUGAGCAGCUCCCAUUUCGGGCAAUGGCUGCUGUUAAAUUUCCCCUACAUUUUCAGUCUUGGGGCUUUUAGAAAGAGUGGCCCAACAGAAGAAGAAGUAGCUAGUGCGAGUUUUAAGAUGUGGUUCGUGGGUCAUGGAUUUAGUGAUGCAAAAGAUGUUAGUCGAGAGCCUGAUAGAGAAAUUAUCACGAGAGUCACGGGGCCUGAAAUCGGGUAUGUGGCGACUCCGAUUAUUCUAAUGCAGUGUGCGCUCACGGUAUUGAAGCAACGCGGAGACCUGCCGAAAGGCGGGGUGUAUCCUCCUGGGAUCGUUUUCGGUCCAACUGAACUUCAAAAUCGACUGCAGGAGAAUGGUGUAACAUUUGAUGUGAUUUCAAAGGGUGAUAUCUCUAAAUGA